AUGGGUAAGAGCUGGUUCUCUGCUGUGAAGAAGGCGUUAAGUCCAGAAUCAAAACAAAAGAAAGAACAGCCCCAUAAGGCCAAGAAAUGGUUUGGUAAAUCCAAGAAGCGAGAUCUUACCAAUUCCGGUGAAGCAGAUUCACUGCCUAGCAACACUCUUUCCGUUGCCAAAGACGCAAAGCUAAAAGAGACUGAAGAGCAACAGAGCAGACAUGCUUACUCUGUAGCCGUCGCAACUGCUCAUGCUGCAGAGGCAGCCGUCGCAGCUGCUCAUGCCGCUGCUGAAGUUGUUCGUCUCACUUCAUUAUCACGUUUCCCUGGCAAAUCAAAGGAAGAGAUCGCAGCUAUCAAGAUUCAGACAGCAUUUAGAGGAUACAUGGCAAGAAGAGCAUUGCGUGCGUUGAGAGGGCUUGUGAGGCUAAAAUCUUUAAUCCAAGGGAAAGGUGUGAGACGUCAAGCUACAUCGACACUGCAAAGCAUGCAAACACUUGCUAGACUACAAUAUCAGGUUCGUGAGAGGAGGCAACGAUUGUGUGAGGAUAAGCAGGCUUGUGCACGACAGCUCCAACAGAAACACAACAAAGAUUCUGAUAAGACUGGAGAAAAUUGGGAUGAUAGCACGUUGUCUCUGGAGAAAGUAGAAGCAAACAUGUUGAACAAGCAAGUAGCAACAAUGAGAAGAGAGAAAGCUCUUGCAUACGCUUAUACUCAUCAGAACACAUUGAAAAACUCAUCUAGAUUGGGUUCUCAAACAUUCAUGGACCCGAACAACCCACAUUGGGGUUGGAGUUGGCUAGAACGCUGGAUGGCUUCAAGACCAAACGAGAACAUGGCAACCGCACCGGACAAUGCUGACAAGAACUCUUCUGUAGCAAGCAGAGCCAUGUCCGAGAUAACUCCACGCAACAGAAACCCUUCACCGAAAGGAAAGACACCAAAUAGUACAAGAGUGUCAUCAAGUCCGAGAGUGAGGCAAGUCCCAAGUACUGGUGAUGAAGACUCAAAGAGCCACUUGAGUAUCCAAUCAGAACAACCUUGCAACCGUAGGCAUAGCAUUUGCGGAUCAGUUGCGUCAACUAGAGACGAUGAUAGCUUAACCAGUACACGUUCUCACUCAGUUCCUGGCUACAUGGCGCCUACACAAGCAGCCAAAGCAAAAGCAAGAUUCUCAAACCUUAGUCCUCUAGGCUCAGAGAAGACGGCCAAAAAACGGUUGUCCUUCCCGGGAUCUCCUAAGACUGUGAGGCGGUUUUCAGGUCCUCCGAAGCUGGAAAGCAAUGGUAACAACAAUAAAGAUAAUGGUUUUGCUUAA